AUGAAAAUUGAGCUGGUCGGGCCGCAAGCGUACGUGGACAUCGCUCAGGGGGAUGAGCCCCUCGGGAGGGUGGUGCUCGAUUUGGAAGCCGACAAGGCUCCGCUAGCAGUGGAAAACUUCCUCAACUUAGUUGACGCGAAGAGCCUCAAGGGUACCGUGUUCCAUCGGGUGAUUAAGAACUUCGUCAUCCAGGGAGGCGACGUCACUUACAAGUACAGUGCCGACAACUAUCCCGGGACUGUGGGAAAGGGUCUGGUACUGACGUUGAAUGGAGGCAAACCCUUCGCCGAUGAGAAUGUCGAUGAGCCCUUGGACAAGGUGUUUAAGCUCUGUAUGGCCAACGACGGGCUGAAAGAUGCCAAUGGCUCUCAAUUCUUUAUCACCACCUACCCUCAACCUCAUCUUACUGGCAAACACACUGUUUUUGGUCGUGUGACCCAGGGUAAGUCAGUGGUGAGAGCAGUGGAAAAAUCUGAGACUGGUGGACGUGCCAGCGAUCAUCCUGAUGUGCCUUUAGUUCCCGUGAUCAUCACUGAUUGCGGUAGAUUUGGUGAAGAAGCUGGUGUGGUGGAUGUUCCCAUUUUCAAUGCCUGUUAUGACCCUAUCGGCGGAGACAUUUACGAAGAGUACCCUGACGACGAUGAGACUAUCGAGGAGACCUCGGAGCUGGCAUUUAAGGCAGCGUCGAUUAUUAAGGAACUGGGUACGCUUCUUUUCAAAGAAGGUCGCAAGCGAGACGCCAUGCUCAAAUGGCAAAAAGCGGUGCGGUACUGUCAGCAAUACGAUCCUGACCCCGAUGACGAACCCGAUUGGUUCGCUAAGAUCCGUGCCCUCAAAUUGCUGUGCUACCUUAACUUACUGUUGGUGUGUUUGCAACUUAAGAACUACCCGCGAGCCAUCGACUACGCCACCUUCAUCUUAGAGAUGGACAACGCCACUCCUCAGAAUAAGGCCAAGGCUCUCUUCCGGCGCGGGACUGCCGAAAUAGAAACACGUAAAUACGACCAGGCGGUGGCUGAUCUCGAGCAGGCGCUCACUUUAGUGCCCAAUGACCCGGCGAUUCUGAGAGAGCUACACCGGGCCCAGCAAGCGAUCGUACAAAGCAAGAACAGCGAGAAACAACGGUACGCAAAGUUUUUCGGAUGA